AUGCCGGCGUCACUAGAGCUAUUCUGUGUCGCCCCUGACGCCACCGUACACUCCGCCUUCCAGCGCGCUCCCGCGCGCGCCCGCCCAGCCACCGCCAGCCCCCACGCGCCCGAGCUGCCCCUAAGGCUCCAGCUUAGGCUGGUCACUGAAGCCACCGAAGGCCUGCAUUUCCCCUUACCCGGCCGGCCAGGGGGCCAGCCUCCCUUCCCUUCCCCUAGCCGUCCACACCCACGCGUACAGAGGGGCCGGGGCCUCCCUCACGCUGCGGCCUCGGCCUCCUCCCCGCGCGGCAGCUGGUGCCUCCCCGGCCCUACGGGGCUCACGCGCACGACACAGCCACAAGAUGUCCGCUCUGACGGAACUACUGCCAGCUGCCACGCUCCGCCCCUCCCCCCUCCUCCUGCCUCUUCACCGCCGCGUAUCAGUCCGCCAACGCCGCCGUCUCGAGCACAGGACGAAUCUAAGGCUGAAGGGGGACGGCUUCCUCCCCACGUCAAGGGCCGAGGGUAUCUGUGCCAACCCCUUUCUCCUUUUCGGAACAGCACCUUCCUAUUAAACAGAUCCGAGGCUGGACUUGGAGGGCGGGGGCCGAAGGCGAGUCAUGGGCUGGGGGGAAGGGUAGACGACCGGCGGAAACCCUCACACUCAGAGAAGCAUCGAGAACCGGAAGGAGACCAUGGCAGGAAGGGGCCCGCCCCCAAAGCCACAAAUUCUCGCGAGAUGCCGAUGGGCCACAGGCUCGAGCUGGGGAGGGCAGUCGACCGGGAAGCACCGCCCCUGAAUGCUUAUGCUGGUGGGAGGGAGAGGAAAUGGAAUUCCCCGGACUGUUUUAAAAAUGUGGAUUUAUAAAAUGGGACUGCUUUUGAGGUGAGUUGUCAAUCAGUGAAUCUUAGGACGUCCCUGGUGGUGCACCGGGUAAGAAUCUGCCUGCCAAUGCAGGGGACACGGGUUUGAUCCCGGGUUCGGGAAGAUUCCACAUGUCUUGGAGCAGUGAAGCCUGUGUGCCAGAAUUACUGAGCCUGUGCUCUACAGCCCAUCGACUGCAACUGCUGAGCUCACGUGCUGCAGCUGCUGAAGCCCACGAGACUAUCGCCGGUGCCCUGCCACUAGAGAAGCCACCACAAAGAGAAGCCGGCGCACUGCGAUGAAGAGUAGCCCCACUCACGGCUCCUAGAGAAAGCCCACACGAAGCAACCACCAACCAGCGCAGCCAAAAUUAAUUUAAAACAUUCUUCAAAACAAACAAACAAACUGAUAUGUAGGUCUGAGUAGGCUAGCUGGUGUCUUCAGAUUUAGGCUGAAGGAUGUUAAUGUAAAAGAUUUGUUAAUGAUAAUCACUCCCAUCUUAAGUGUUCAUUUAAAAAAAAAUAUUGAGUGCCUGUUAUGUGCUAGGCACUGAGCUAGAUGCUGAAGAUAACACAGAUGAAAGCCAGCUGUCACCUUUAGGAAAAAUUUUUAUGUCGGGAGCCCAUUAACUAUCAGAUCACAAAUCGGGUGUAUACUGUAAGUGCACAUAUAGACUAAUUUUGUGCUCACUUAGUCAUGUCUGACUCUUUGCGACCCCAUGGAUUAUAGCGCACCAGGCUCCUCUGUGGAAUUUCCCAGGCAAGAAUACUGAAGUGGGUUGCCAUUUCCUUCUCUAGGGGAUCUUCCUGACAGGGAUUAAAUCUGAGUCUCUCGUGUCUCCUGCAAUGGCAGGGAGAGUCUUUACCACUGUGCCACCUGGGAUCAUAGAGUAAUACUGAUAUACCCAAUCCAGCUGGAGAUGGGGAGGCUAUCUUCAGAAGGGAGUUGUAUUUAAACAAAUGAAAAGAAGGUGAUGCCAGAGGAAAAAAAAAAAAAGGAAUGCUCCCAUGCAGAGGGAACAUCGUGCAAAACAGAGAACUUGGCCUGAUAAGUUUUGGGAAUUACAAGUUUCCAAAACUUUGGAAAGUAAGUUUCCAAGGUACUUUGGUAGUUUAGGAAGUAUUUUGACUACAGGAGUAGUAGUGGCAUUGUGUGUAGGGGUGGGAGAGAUGAAUGAGCAAAGAUGAAAUGAGACAAAACUUUGCCAAGACAAGGCUGGAUAUCUUGAGGGCCUUAUAAGCCAUGUUCAUGAGCUCAGAUUUAAUUGUGAAGGGUAUGGGAUGAGGGAAUUAAAUUUUUAGCAUAAAGUCAUGAUCAUAUUUUAAUCAUGAGAAGAUAACUAUGAUAGUAAUGUGAAGGAUGUAGCAAAAGUGUAUGUUAGGAUGGAGACUAGAGGUAAAGAGACCAAUUGAGAUGGUAUUAAAAUAAUCUAGAUGAGUUGUGAUUGUGAGAAAGACCUAAAAUAGUUGUAAUAAUUGCUGUUAAAAGUGCUGCACUCAAUAUGCCAGCAAAUUUGGAAAACUCAGCAGUGGCCACAGGACUGGAAAAGGUCAGUUUUCAUUUCAAAGAAAAGCAAUGCCAUAGAAUGUUCAAACUACUGCACAACUGCACUCAUCUCACACGCUAGCAAAGAAAUGCUCAAAAUUCUCCAAGCCAGGCUUCAAAAGUAUGUGAACUGUAAACUUCCAGAUGUUCAAGCUGGAUUUAGAAAAGGCAGAGGAACCAGAGAUCAAAUUGCCAACAUUCCUUGGAUCAUCGAAAAAGCAAGAGAGUUUCAGAAAAACAUCUACAUCUGCUUUAUUGACUACGCUUAAGCCUUUGACUGUGUGGAUCACAAUAAACUGUGGAAAAUUCUUCAAGAGAUGGGAAUACCAGACCACCUUACCUGCCUCCUGAGAAAUCCAUAUGCAGGUCAAGAAGCAACAGUUAGAACCAUACGUGGAACAGACUGAUUCCAAAUUGGAAAAGGAGUAUGUCAGGGCUGUAUACUGUCACCCUGCUUGUUUAACUUAUCAUGCGAAAUGCCAGGGUGGAUGAAGCACAAGCUGGAAUCAAGACUGCUGGGAGAAAUAUCAAUAACCUCAGAUAUGCAGAUGACACCACCCUUAUGGCAGAAAGCAAAGAACUAAAGAGCCUCUUGAUGAAAGAGGGGAGUGAAAAAGUUGGCUUAAAACUCAACAUUCAAAAAACUAAGAUCACGGCAUCCAGUCCCAUUAUUUCAUGGCAAAUAGAUGGGGAAACAAUGUAAACAGUGAGAUUCUUUAUUUUCUUGGGCUCCAAAAUCACUGCAGAUGGUGACUGCAGCCAUAAAAUUAAGACAUUUGUUCCUUUAAAGAAAAGCCAUGACCAACCUAGACAGCAUAUUAAAAAGCAGAGACAUUGCUUUGCUGACAAAGGUCCAUCUAGUCAAAGCUAUGGUUUUUCCAGUGGUCACGUAUGGAUGUGAGAGUUGUACUAUAAAGAAAGCUGAGUGAUGAAAAAUUGAUGCUUUUGAACUGUGGUGUUGGAGAAGACUCUUGAGAGUUCCUUGGACUGCAUGGAGAUCCAACCAGUCCAUCCUAAAGGAAAUCUGUCCGGAAUAUUCAUUGGAAGGACUGAUGCUGAAACUAAUAUUUGGCCACCUGAUGCAAAGAACUGACUCACUGGAAAAAGACCCUGAUGCUGGGAAAGAUUGAAGGCAGGAGGAGAAGGGGACGACAGAGGAUGAGAUGGUUGGAUGGCAUCACCAACUCAAUGGACAUGGGCUUGAGCAGGCUGUGGGAGUUGGUGACAGACAGGGAAGCCUGGAGUGCUGCAGGCCAUGGUGUCUGACGCGACUGAGCGACUUAACUGAACUAAAGUGCAGUAAAGACACAUAGUACAGGGUAUUUAAUGGGUAGAGCUGACCUUAAGAAAAAAAAUUUUUUGAGGUUUCCCCUACAAUUAUUUAUUAGAAUGUAAUAAUAAAGUCAUAUAUAUAUAUACACACAAAUACAUGAUAACAUAAUACUACAAUAAAAAUAAAAUACUUGAUAUAAACUUUAUGCUAAGUUUACAUAUUAAAUGUGGGAAAAGGUAAACUAAUACAAUUAAUAUUUAUGUGCUACUUGAUUUUUAUUUUUUUCUUUACAAAUUAAAUCACCUCUUGAAACAAAUAUAGAGCUGUUACAAUUUAGGUUCUUUUAUAUUUGGCAUAACUAACUGCUGUGUUCUAUAUAUAGUGACCAGCUUUCUCUACUAGAAACUUUAGGAGACCUUGUUCAUUCUUUCACUGAUGUCAUUUCACUGAUGGCCAGAAAUAAGCAACUGUUAUCUAUGUCUGUUCUCAUUUGCCUAAGGCAAAGCACUGUUUCAUGUUACUAACAAGAUCAUAAACCUAAACAUGACACAGGCUCUGGAAUCACCUGGUAGUACUAAGCUGUAAGUGGGAUCAAGGUGAUCUGGACAACAUUUAUAUUACUUUCUGUAGAUUAAUGAAAUAAAUCACAACAUGAGGGAAAAUAUCUGGUAAAGAAUUCAAAUAUUCUAGUUUGAGAAACACUGAUAUAGAGGUUAUACAAAUCCUUUUAUCACAUACCUAAUGUUGAAUUUGUUGAGUCUGACCUUGUGACUUUUUCCUCCACGGAUUCCAGUUUAUUCAUCUAAAAAAUAUUUGACCACCUACUCAAAAUAUCAAGUGUCACAAGGUAUAGAAGUUUCAUAUAUACUAGGGAUUAGAAAUUUUUCAACUAAGAUUUGUCACUGAGUGAAGUGGUGUUGGGAACUGAAUGGAAUGAGAAAAAAUGGAGAGCUUGCCACGACAGGAAAUUGGAAAUAGGGUAUUAGGUAAGAGGAACUCAGGAUCAAAGGUGGUUUUUGUUAUUCAGUCACUAAGUCAUGUCUGACUCUGUGACCCCAUGGGCUGCAGCUAGACUUCCCUGUCCUUCGCUAUCUCCUGGGGUUUGCUCAAAUUCUUGUCAAUUGAAUUGGUGAUGCCAUCCAACCAUCUCAUCCUCUGUUGCCCCCAUCUCCUCCUCCCCUCAAUCUUUCCCAGCAUCAGGGUCUUUUCCAAUGAGACAGAACAGAAUGGCGAGAUUAAUCGAUGGAGCCAGUUUCUUCACAAGACAUGACAGGAGGUCAAACGGUAUUCGAUUCUGUAAAAGGGAUAAAUGUAUCUGGGCUUCCCAGACGGUGCUAGUGGUAAAGAAUCCACCUACCAAAGCAGCACAUGCAAGAGACGCAGGUUUGAUCCCUGGGUCAGGAAAAUCCUCUGGAAAAGGGAAUGGCAACGACUCCAGCAUUCUGGCCUGAAAAAUCCCAUGGACAGAGGUAUCUGGUGGGUUAUAGUCUAUGGGGUUGCAAAGAGUUGGACAAGCCUUAGCACUGCAAACCUAUCAGGGACUAGAGGCAAGAAGAUUAGAAUGGGUAAAUAAAUUUUAGGUGAGAGGCAGCAGGAGGCUAGCUGUUAAUAAUCAGUGUUCUCAGGUUUCUUGGUAAAAUAGGAAGGAGCGCUAUGUAAUGAUUGAAUUGGGCAUGAGAAAAGGAGGUAAGUGUGGGAUCACUGAAAAGGGAAACUAAAGAACCGAAGAAAGGGAAAAAAAGGCCUCCUUAAGGGCCUAAGGUAGAAGACAAUGAAUUUGUCAGGGAAGUUUUCCAUGUUAUUGUAUAAUUGUUU